UGUGUUUUGUUUAAACUGUCACAAUUGUCAGUAUGUAAUCCGUUCCCAUACGUGCAACUCGAUUUUGUUAUGCUUACAACACGAAUCACUAUUGUUUUUAACGCGCUCGCGUGUUGCUUAUGAAGUUUACUACCGUACAGAGGGAGAGGAAACCGGAAUUUGUGAUUGUUUGCACUACCGAACACCGAAUCAUAAAUGUUGCUCCAUCGAUGCCACGAUGAAUUCGAAGCCCGCCACAAGCCGCACAGCAACCGCUAGCGGGAGCAACACUCAUGGCAAAAAGCCGCUGCGAAAGAAAAAGGAUACUGAUCAACAGCUGCUGAGCAAACCCACGGCAACGCUCGAGUAUGGUUCGUCCAGUCGAAAGGGCGAUCAGGCAGCGCCAACCGGUGGCAAAAGCUACCAAAACACUCGAGCCCGGCGGCAGACGCGGAAGGGGUCACCUGGUGCCGAGCACCGCAGCGAUUAUGAGCAGCACCCGCAACAGCAACCGUACCCGAACACGCCCGAGGAUAUGCGCAUCUCUAAGCUGUUGCCACGGUUAAUCAACGAAGAAACGGCAGGCGGAUGCGACGAUUUGUGCGGCAAGCUGGAGGUGGUGCUGCUGGAUGCCUCGAAUGCGUCCUACAUACGCAAAUCGUUCGACGGACUCUCGCACACGUUCUGCCAAGCGCUGGAAAAUGUACCGGACGAGUGCCACGAUCGGGUAGCCGGUCUGUUCGGUAUGGCACUGCACGUGGCCGUAGCCUUCUCGCCCGACGGCGACUCCGUACUGACCAGCUGGAUUAAACGGUAUCUCAGUGGCCCUCCGUCGCGGAUGGCCCUCCGGACGGCACUGAUCGCCCUGCUGAAAGCCGUUCGCCUCGACCACAACGGUCCACGGCAGAUGGGCACGAGUGCCGAGUGGCUGGUCGGUGUGCUGCGCCAGCUGCUCGACCAGUGCGAUGUCGAGGCGGAAGUGUUUAUGCUCGUCAUCGACAGCCUGGUGCAGCUGGCCGCCUGCUACCCGCAGCAGUUCGUACCGCACUUUAGCGAUGUCGUGGACAACGUCGUCGGUUGGAUGGUGACGGCCCACACCGAACAGCCAUCGAUGUCGACGUACUGUGCCCGGGUGCUGCUCGCCCUGCAGCCAUUCUGGACCGACAAGCUCUCGACGACGGCCAGCCUGAUCGAGCAGUUCGUCGACGAUAUAGCGGAGUGCGGCGAGGGAGUGGACCUGAACGAUGCCACCCAGCGGCGCUGUGCGGAUCAGCACUUUGGUGCGAUGCUGAUGACGCUCAACUGUGUGCUCAAAUGUCUCGGCUUGAACGCGUGCUCGGGCGAGUUCUUCCGGCUGCAGCUCGAACGCCAGCCGGCCAUAAUCUUACCGGUAAUGGAACAGCUCUUCUCCCGUGCUCCACCCUCGACCACCUUCGUACUGAUGGCGAUCUGUGAUUACGCGGUGCUGCUGCUGGCCGCACCCGUCGACAACGCCGCCAACGUCGAGCAGAUUGUCAAGCUUGUGUUGCAGCACUUCGCUCGGUACAGCGAGGAACAGAAGUCGGGCGUACUGUACCUGCUCGCGCGCUACCUGCGUGCCGACCCCGACGAGAACGCUUCCCGGGGGCUCGCCGAGCGCCUCUUCAACCCACUGGACGCCUUCUAUCAAACCCGGUUCCUGUGCAAUGAAACGCUGCGCGAGGGCACCCUCCACGUUUACCAUCUGAUCUUGUCGAAACAGAAGCAAACGGUCCUGCUCACCGCGUACCAGCUGCUGCUCCGCGAUACCCGUGACUGCAUGGCACAGUUACGGGCCCAGCCGAGCCCGGUCACGUCUCAGCCUGGUCACGCUCGCCGGCACGCGGCCCCGGAAUCAACGCUCGAGUACCGGCUGUGCUUCAAUAUGCUCAUUCUGGUCCCGUUGGCCACUGCACGCAGCUCAAUUUUCAUAACCUGGACCCUGGCGCAGGAACCGAUUCUAGGCGUGUUGCUCGAGCUUCUGUUGCCACCGGUGCGGGAGCUGUGGUCACGGUACGACUCCGUCCACCAUGCGAUCGUAUCGCUGGCACACCGGCACGCACUCACCAACAACCAUUUCAUAUCGUCCAGCGGUCUGCUGCAGCAGGCCGCCAUGCCGUACAAGCUGAUGGGAGUGGCCGCCGAGUCGAAUACCAGCCCCACCAUCAACCAUUUCGUGCGCAUCCUGCGCUUUCUCGACGAAUACCUGGUGCACCUGCAGCAAUGGUACGACGAGGAGCUCCAGCAGCAGCACCAGCAGCAGCAGCAGCAGCAGCAGCAUCAUUGUAUUAUCGAUGACGAAUGGAAGGACCGGUUGGUGGUGUUGCUGCUGGACUGGUGCCGUGCAGUGCUGGCCAGCACCUGCCGCUAUCACGAGGUGCUCGCGCGUUGCGACGACUUUCACCGGCUGCUGGUGCACCUGUGCAGCCUGGCCGCCGGUUGGGGCAGCGCGAACGAAACGAUCGGGCUGGCGUGCGGUGACUGUCUCGAUCUGGCCUGCCAGUACGCGACACUGCACCCGACCGCGUACCAGGCGAUAGCGGAGGCGUGCUGCGUGCAGCUGUGCUCGGUGUACACGGCCCUGCGCACCCGCUACACGGUCGUGUUCUCCAAGCUGCCCCUCCGCUACUCGUUGCGCCAGGUGAACGCGUUCACCGGCGUCAACCGGCAGCGGCUGGACGAUAUCCGGGAGCUGAAGAGCGAGUACCAGGGGGCGGAUGGUGAGCGGCAGCAGGAUGCGCUGCGGAUGGCCGACCUACGCCCGCUGCUCGACCGGAUCGCGUUCACGCGCGACCAAGACACGUACGCCGGUGGCUUUCUGCACGAGCUGCUGUCGAAAUCGUCCGCCGCCAGUGUGUCGCCGUACGGUGCGAUGGCACUGCGGGAUCUGCGCUGCCUGAUACCGUGGGCCCAGUGGGAGGCGGCCAAACUGUGCGUCAGCAGCCGGUUGCGCACCCCGUUCGGCAAACCGCAGGCCACCUUUCUGCGCAUCGAGUCGAUGGUGAAGCAGUACGCGCGCAUACUCGCCCUGAGCGACCGGUUUCCGGUGAACGGUGUCGGCACGUCGAUGGCGAACCAACGGCACGCCCGCAUACUGCUCGGUUUCCUGGAGGCGCUCGAGAAGGAGAUCUACAAUGCGGCCCAGGGUACGGCGUACGCGCUGCCCGCACCGAGCAAACCGGCCCGCACCUUUUUCCGCACCAACCAGACGACGUGCGCGGAGUGGUUUACGCGCAUCCGGACCGCCGUCGAUCUGGUGGCGCUCCACUCGAUGGAACCGGAAAUGGUGAUCCGCUACUCGGAGGCGGUCCUGCGGGAGCUGGUGGCCGCCGGCAAGACGGCGGACCGAAUGUUCGAGCACACGCUGAUGUCGCUGGUGUGGGCGCUGGUGCGCAACUGGGAGUCGGACGCACUGUACGGUGUGUACGUGUGGAGCCGCCAGCUCACCGGCAAGAAGUACCCCUGGAUACUGAUGGCGGCCGAGGAGGCGGCCGGGCACCGGGAAACGGCAGCCGCCGGGUUCCGGGCGAUCCUAAACGAGCCGGCCAGUGCGGCGGCCAUGGAUCGGCACAUACGCGAUUUCAUCGUCGAUCAGACGGUCGUUUCGCUGCUGUUCACCGGCAGCUACCGGGAGCUGUACGAGUUUCUGCUGGCGGAGGAGAGCGGCGGGACACCGCGGGCCACCAUCCCGCUGGUGACGAUCACGUCCGACCAGAUCUACUCGAUACUGCGGUACGAGGAGACGUACGAUACGAGCGUGUUCCAGCUGAGCCAGUGGGAAACGAUCGAAACCGGGAGCGCGGUGCCGAACGAUUUCUCCAGCCACAAGAUGAUCUGCGCGGUCGAGAACAGCCUGUCGGCGAUCAUCCUCCAGAGCCCGACGGAGGAGCGCGAGAAGCUGAUCGACACGUCGACCGGGCUGAUCCAGUGCUUCCUGCAGGAGUGUCUGCUGACCAAGUGCCGCGAGUAUCUGUUCCAGCUGACCAUCACCAAUCACAUGCUGUACAAGAUUGCGCGCCGCUUUUCACGCGCCAGCACCACAAGUAGCGGGGGCGGGGGCGGGGGCGGCAACCUUACCGACGACGCAUCAGCGAUCGAUGGUGCGUGCAAGGGCGAAGACGGCGGCACGGGUGACUCCGGUACCGAAGGUGCCCCGGGCGACGAUCUGGGAACGCUCACGGUGGACAAAUCGUACGGCACCUUCACGCUGAUGCGGUUGCUCUCGUGGUCCGAGUUUCUGCACGCGGGCCAAACGGGUGGUGGGGCCGGUGGUGGUUCGGCAUACGGCACCGAGCAGCAGAGCAUCGACCUGCGGCUCAACAUGGUGUCGAUGGGACGCAAGGAGAACAACUACGGGCUGUGCCGGCGCGAACUGGAGAAGUACUACGGCAAGGCGAACGUCGGCCAGUACCUGCCGGCCCUCGCCACCAUCCAGCGGCCCUCACUCGAGCAGGUAGCGUCCGCCCUCAAGGAUUGCUGCAUCGUGACGGGCGGCAGCACUACUCCGUUGCGCGAUGAAAAUCUGGCCCGGGCCGUGUACGAACACUGCAAGUGGCUGUACUGUCAGGGUGCGCACCAGCGGCUCGAGGCGAUCGAUCUCGCGGCCUGUUGCACCGCGGCCCUCGCCGCACUGCCCGAUACGCGGCUGGCGGAGCGUGAGGCACGCUUUCGCCUUACGAUCGCCGGUUGGCUCACAGUUUGUAACAGCAGCAGCAGCAGCAGCACCGGCGAACCGACGGCUGUUGAUGGUGUUGAUCUACGGGUGGAAUCGGUCGGGCUACGGUUGCUGGAGCAGGAGGGCCCAAGCCAGGGUGGCACCAAGUACGUCCUGCCGCCCGUCGUCGUCGAUCCGCACCACACCCCGCCGCCGCCGCCGCCACCACCGAACGGAACGUCACCGGUGUAUGGCCGGUACGACGGGUUGGUGGGGCUGCUGCUACAGAAAGCCGCCGACCGUGCACCGACCCUCGCCAAGGCCUGGUAUCAGCUCGGUUCGUGGCUGU